AUGGCUGCAACCCCGACGUCGGUGCUGGUGCUUGGUUUACCACUCGAUGUCGAUGACGAUUCAGCUAACAAAACCAUUGCUCGUCAUUUUAAACAUCCUAUGAUAUCCAGCGGUAGUAGGAUACAGUUCGUUACACGCAUUCCUGAUGAAGUUGCAGGAAAUAUUCAAUCAGAGGGAACCAAAAUAUUCCUCGUGAAGUUUUCUUCUGCACACCAAGCUCUGCAGUGUGAUCCCAACUUACAUGUUCUACAGUUUGACACAGGACUAGAGAUUAAGGUGACUGUACAGCAAUGUACUGAUGAGAUUGAACAGUUUAUAUCCACGCAGCUGACAGGUCAACAGGAAGAGGUAAACAGCAGACGUCCACACACACCCGUACCAAUACCACAGGUGCAACUGUUGAGUCAACAAGACGAGGCGAACAGCAAACGCCCACACACACCCGUACCAAUACCACAGGUACAACUGACAUCAGUUAAUGAAAAUGCACCAUCUAGUGGUAAUAUACAUGCAGCAGGGCAACAUCACGAAAUGCAACCAGAAGACGGAAAUCCACAUGCAUUACAUGAUAACCCACAAGGCUCGAGUUUCUAUUCUGUCCAGGGCCCACAGACACAGGUCAUGCACGAAAUGCAACAGUCAGCGUGGGGUCAGCCGAGACAGAUGACGGGGCAUAAUCCCGGAAUGAACCAUUGGUACAUGUCUCAGCGUGGACCGAUGAGUUUUCAAUAUCCGCAAGGGUAUCAGGAUUGGUACUCAAACUGGCAAGGGUAUGGGAUACGCCCGCCACAGCAGGAAUGGGGGCCAUAUUAUCAACAAAUGCAAGGCGUACCGCCUUUGCAACCCCAACAUUAUGUCAGACACCCCAGCAAUGAAAUAUUUUAUGAUCAUCGGACAAACCAACCGUACCCAGGCGUGGGAGCAUGCCAGAAUGUAACACGUAGUCCACCAAAUACGGGAAUGACUAGUUUGACAAGAGUAGAUCCAAGCAUACAAUCUAAAUUGGGUCGGAUAAAACCACCAGUACCACCAAAACCGAGCGAAAUCAAGAGUCAGGCAGACACUACAGAUUCUGAAGUGGAUCCAGUUAUUAAAGUUUCUGGUUUCAAACGGGAAACCAGCACAGAUUUGCUGGAGUUGUAUUUUGAAAGCAAGAAAAGAUCUGGUGGAGGGCCAAUGAAAAGUAUCGAAAUGAAAGACGAUUCAGUACAUAUUGUUUUUGAAAAGUCCAAAGACGCACAUCGUUUUUUGAAGCAAAACCAUGCAUUAGAAGGAGCCAAACUUACAGUACAAGUGUUAAACACACCUGUUGUUGGUGAUGUUGAUAUAGGAAUGGCCAGCCAACCAGAAGACAAAGACUACUUAGACAGUGCUAUAAUAGAUGUUACUGGGUUUGGAUCAGAUGUGAAUAUGGAAACUGUGGAAUUGUAUCUCGAAAAUAAAAGAAGAUCUGGUGGUGGACCAAUUUUAGAGAAAUUUCAAGACAGAAAGGGCGUGUUGACGAUUGUUUAUGAAAAUGCAGCUAUAGCUGAAAGAGUUCUCAAGCGCCCAAUGCACACAGUUGGGGGAAUUUCAUUAACGGUAGCAAAGGGCCGGAAGAGAAGAAAAGUAGUUACAGAUAACAAAUGUAUUCUUAUUAAGGGUUUCUCUGAUGAAACGACGAAAGAAGAUCUUGUAUUAUACCUUGAAAACCGUUCUGGUAUUGAGGAGGAGCCAGUAUUGUUGUUUGGUGAAAAACCAGGCGUGGUUAUGGCGCGAUACUCUCAGAACAUUUCAGAUGUUAAUAAAGCAGUCACUGCAAUUAACAGUCGGCCGUUGAAGAGGUCAGUGUUGACAGCGGAGCCUGUUCUAGUUACCAGUACUAUAAUCGCCAGUAAUCUACCACCAAAUGUUUCUGAAGACAUACUCGAAUUGUAUUUUGAGAGUAAGAGAAAUGGUGAAGGUGACGUCGAAGAAAUUAAAUUGGAUGUUGAAAAAAAGCUGGCUAUUAUAUCAUUCCAAGACAGUGAAGCAAUUGAUCAAAUAUUGCAAAGAAAAUCUCACACGAUACACAAACAACUAAUCACAGUUAACCCGUACUACGAAUUUCUUGGAGUGAUGGUAAGUUCUGAUGGGCCAAUACCACAGCAACCAAAUCCAAUCUCAAAAGACGUUAAUCAAGAUAUCACUGUCUACAUCAUGAACAGAGGUGAAUAUGCAACAGAGCUCCGCAAUCAGCUGAAUGACUUACAUACUAAGAUAGAGUGGCCAUAUGGAGGACACAACAACAUGGUAUGUUUAUCAUCAAACAUACCAGAUCAUCUUGAAAAUAAACGCCAAUUCAUAAAAGACUGGCCAAAGAAGGUCGUGAGUAUCUUAGACGAGCAUCUGAAUAAAUUCAAAUGUAUAACAAAAUCAAUUCCAAAGGAUAUUUGGAAUCAGGUAAUAGGUCAGACAGAGGAAUUAGACAUUGGCGAUUCUAGUGUUGAAUAUAUUUCAGAGUCAAUGGAAUUAAAGAUAACUGGCACACUAGAAAACGUGGACAACCUCGAAACACAGUUCAAAAACGUCAUCACAGAUAUUGAAGAAAAACUCCGUAAAGCUAAUGAGACGAUCACAGAAACUAGGGAAAUUAAGAAAGUCCAAAUGCAGCAGCUUAUAAUGGUUCAGUUCAAUGAAACUGUUGCACAACAAUUUCCAGAACUAAAUUUUCAUCUAUCAGUAGAUGAAUCCCAACUACAUUUCAUAGGCCUUCCUCAUGAUAUAAUGAGUUGCAGAAUACUACUAUAUGAAACUCUUGGUGCCUUACCUGUUGCAAAGCUCGAACCUCCUAACCCGUUUUAUGUGGAGUUUCUGAAUUCAGCUGACGUAAGUGCCAUCUUGCAUAGUAUGCUUAAUGACAAGGACUUACGGGCAAUGUACCUAAUUGCAGACAAUGAAAUUGUAGUUUCGGCUCGUGACAAACCACAAUUAAAACAGGCAGUCAACAUUAUUCACACCAGCAUAACGGAUGUAAAUAUAACAGUGGAUGAUGAAUCAUUGCCAGGCAUUCAUCAACAGGAUUGGGAAAAGCUGGUUGUAGAACUUGAAGAGCAAAAUGUUUGUAGAAUCCGUACUGACUUGGAAGGUCAGUGCAUCACUAUUAUUACAUUCCAAUCCACUAUCAAAUGUAUCAGGAAAGAAGUUGAUCACUACAUCAAGGUCAACACCAUUGUUGAAUAUAAUAUUCAGUCUGAUCGUGGGAGAAUCAGGUUUGCGUUCGACCACAAGAAAGAUGACGUGGUGUCAUUAGAAACAGGAAAAUACCAGCCACUGAAAAUAAACAAAUGCCUGGAGUCGUUAGUGAUAAACAUUAAAGGAACCAAAGAUGAUGUUGAAAGCGCCAGGGAAAGAAUGACAAAUCUUCUUGAUGUUAUACAAAUCCGCCAAUAUGUCAUUGAUAAACCAGGAAUGUCUAAGUUAUUCAGAGAAGAGAAAGGAAAAAACUAUAUACAGUCUGUAGAAAAGGCGUUUGCCUGCAAAAUCGAAAUCAACGACCCAUCACCAAGAAAAUUAGAUAGAGUAGCCGGUAAAACUACCAGAAAGUCAUUAGUACCUGGAUAUAGGAUGUUAUGUCAACACACUAAGCCUAAUGGAAUGAAGAUACAGGUUGGGUUAGGAGAUAUGACAGUACUUAACGUGGAUGUAAUCGUAAAUGCUGCCAAUUGCCACCUGAAACACGUUGGAGGACUGGCAAAGGCAAUAAUUGAUGCAGGAGGCCUUGAAAUACAAGAUGAAUGUGAUAAAAUAAUAGAAAGGCGAGGAGACCUUAAAGUAGGAGAAACUGUUUCUACAGGAGCAGGAAAUCUUCCAUGCAAACUAAUAAUUCACACAGUUGGGCCAAUAUGGAGUGGAUCCAAAUAUAAGAAAUCCGGAAGUAAUGAAACCCAAGAAGAGAAAUCACUCACAAAUUCUGUUAUAAAUAGCCUACAGGAAGCUACAAGUCGCAAAUGUACCACUAUUGCCAUUCCUGCGAUUAGUUCUGGUGUGUUCGGUUUUCCCGUUGACCUAUGUGUUCAUACAAUCGUCAAAGCUGUAGAUUCAUUCUGUGAGUUGAAUCAAAAUCAUUCACUGAAAGAGAUACGACUAGUGGAUAACUCUGUGAUCACAUGUGAUCAAUUUAAAGAUGCAAUGAUCGACAUGUAUGGCAAAGAUAGUAUGUCAUAUGGUGUUGACACUUUUCCAGGGAUAUUAACAAUACCGAAAAUGGACAAAGUUGAAACAUCGCGUAUGAAAACAAAAGUGCCAAGUGGUGGAUUUAUUCCCACAACAUUAGCAUUUGAAGUCACAACGGUCGAAGGAAAAACUAUUAAACUAAUCAAAGGAAACAUUUCUGCUCAGAAGGCUGACAUUAUUGUCAAUACGACAUUUGCAACUUUGGAUCUAAACUGUGCUGUUUCAAAAGCUAUUUUGCUAGCAGCUGGUAACAAUCUACAGAAGGAAAUUGAUGCGCUGAAAGCUGAUGGAACGAAGAGAAAAAAUGGGGAUAUUGUCAUUACAGCUGGAGCUCAGUUGAGUUGUAAAAAAGUGUAUCACAUAAUAUGUGACAAAUGGACAGGGGAUCAGGUCAGUGUGUCUUAA